UAAAGGCUUUUCACUUAUUCCUCUCUUGGUUGUGUGUGGUCGCCUUGAACACAUCAACCUCCGGUCUCUAUCUACUUAGUCUGGGGAGACAUCCUUCCAAACCUCAUCUCGUUGACUCGGAAGUCUGGGUGUCAGAGGCUACUGUCUAGUCUACUCCCCAGGAUGGUUUCUGUGAGGAUGCUGUUGCUGCUGUCGGUGGCCCUCCUGCUCUGCGGGUGUCUGGGCACGCAGGGUGGCAACGUGCUGGUCUUUCCCGGAGAGUACAGUCACUGGCUCAACAUGCGAGUGAUCCUGGAGGAGCUAGUGGAGAGGAACCAUAGUGUUACCGUGCUGGUGUCAACCGCCUCGCCGUCCGUCGACUUCUCCAGGCCAGAGAAGUUCGGCUUCAAGGUUUACGAUGUACCCCAUGAAAAACAAGACUGGCAGGCUCUCAAUGAUGACUUCAUAAAGUGGUGGAUGAACGAGUCUCACAACACGUCCAUGCUGCAGCUGGGACAGUGGAUCAGAGACUUCAUGCAGAAAAUGAAUGUUCUGACGGUCAACAUGUGUAAGUCUAUGUUCAAUAACAAAGAGCUUCUGGAGUCACUGAAACAGUCCAAGUUUGACGCGCUCCUUUCUGAUCCGAUGUUCCCGUGCAGUGACUUAAUCGCGGAUGCUCUUGACUUGCCUCUGAUUUUCUCCUUGAGGUUCUCAUUUGGCAUGGUGUUAGAGAGGCAAUGUGCACAGAUGCCAGCACCCUCCUCGUACGUCCCUUCCCCGGAAUUGCCGUACACAGACAAAAUGAGUUUUUUUGAGCGGGUCCACAAUUUUGUUACGUAUACUUUUUUUGACAUCUUUAUGAAUGUACACUUACUAACGACCAUGGACACUUUGUACAGUGAGAUAAAGGGAAGUCCGACUAGUUUCUGUGAGAUGAUGGGGAAGGCUGACAUCUGGUUGAUACGAACAUACUGGGACAUUGAGUAUCCUCGACCUUUCCUGCCAAACUUCAAAUUUGUGGGAGGACUUCACUGCAAACCUGCAAAGCCACUUUCAGAGGCCAUGGAGGAGUUUGUGCAGAGUUCAGGAGAUGACGGCAUCGUAGUGUUUUCACUGGGCUCCAUGGUCAAGAACCUGACUACAGAGAGAGGAAACACCGUAGCCACUGCAUUGGGACAGAUACCACAGAAGGUGCUGUGGAGAUACAGUGGGGAGAAACCAGAGACCCUGGCUCCCAACACAAGACUUUAUGAGUGGAUUCCACAGAAUGACUUACUAGGGCAUCCGAAGACCAAAGCCUUCAUCACUCACGGUGGGACCAACGGACUCUAUGAAGCCAUCUACCAUGGAGUUCCUAUGGUGGGUGUCCCUCUGUUCGCUGACCAGUCAGUCAACAUCAUGUACAUGAAGAACAAAGGAGCGGCUGUCAUCAUGGACUUCAACAAGAUGACAUCCAAAGAUCUGACGGAAGGACUCAACUCUGUGAUCAAUGAUCCAUCGUACAAAGAAAACAUGAUGAGGCUUUCCAGUCUCCACCUCGACCAGCCAAUGAAGCCAUUGGAUACAGCGAUGUUCUGGAUUGAGUUUGUGAUGCGCAACAAGGGUGCCAAGCACCUGAGGGUGGAGUCCCAUAACCUGAGCUGGUACCAGUACCACUGUCUGGACGUGACCGCUGCCCUGCUCUCCGUAACGGCACUCUUCAUUAUAGUCUCAGUUAAAACAUGUACUUUCUGCUUCAGGAAAACUAAAGCAAGACCGAAGACAGAGUGACUACCUUGGUCUGGUAAUAAUGUCAUGUACUGAAACAAUCACAGUGAGACAUUAUCGUAGUGGGCGUUAUCGUCAUGGGCGACAUUAUCGUAGUGGGCAUUAUCAUCGUGACCGGCAUUAUCGUCGUGUGCAUUAUUGUCGUGUGCGACAUUAUCCUAGUGGUCAUUAUCGCCAUGGGCGGCAUGAUCAUAUUGGGCAUUAUCGACGUGGGUGGCAUUAUCGUAGUGUGCAUUAUCGUCAUGGACGACAUUAUCGCCGUGGGCAUUAUCGUCAUGGGCGACAUUAUCAUAGUGCGAAAGGGUCUUCAUGAACUAGGGUACCCAUGACGAUUUCCUACACUGGACAACAUGUUAAAGCUGCUGAUAAGUCAUUUAUAAUAAUCAGCCAUUUUGUUUUCAUGUCAUUACAUUAAGAUAUAUGGGGGGGGGGGAUUUUAACUAUAGUUAAUAAAAUGUACUUGGUGAUUUAACACCUCUGUUUAACCCUUUAUCAUGGUUGGUGUCUUGAUUGAUUUGUCCAAAAUCAUGUGACAUAAAACAUUACUUUUCUGUCCUUGCAUUUAUAGCAGUGUAAGUUGUCAUUAUAACAUAUAAAAAGCAUUAAUCAGUUAAAUUAGACAUUGAACUUGGUUGUCCUACAGUUUUUUUGUAUAGAGAUUUCAGAAAUCCAGCGUAGCUACAUAACAUUUCGUGUCUCCUUAUGUCAUGGGGCGAAAACAGUUUUUAUGGACAUGUCUCCUUAUGUCAUGGGGCGAAAACAGUUUUUAUGGACAUGUCUCCUUAUGUCAUGGGGCGAAAACAGUUUUUAUGGACAUGUCUCCUUAUGUCAUGGGGCGAAAACUGUUUUUAUGGACAUGUCUCCUUAUGUCAUGGGGCGAAAACUGUUUUUAUGGACAUGUCUCCUUAUGUCAUGGGGCGAAAACAGUUUUUAUGGACAUGUCUCCUUAUGUCCUGGGGUGAAAACAGUUUUUAUGGACAUGUCAGGAUUCACCUAGCGGUCAUGAUUUGGGGCUGUACAAAUGUUUGAUGUAUUAGAAUAAUUGAUUGUGCUUAUGUUAUAUUAGUAGGGUCCUAGACUACAGAUUAACAAUAUAUAUAUAUAUUCAUUAUAGAGGUUUAGAAUUGUUCCACUAAUGUUUUCUCAUUCACUCACUCAAUGUGUGACUGAGACAACUCUGCAGGGGAGUGUGGGAGAUAAGAGACUACUCAGACGUUCCACAAUAAAUCAACUUUGGGGAGGGGGACAUUUAUUGCCUAGCUUUUAGAUGAACCCUGAAACUCUAUGUUUGUAUCGCCAUGGAUGCAGGGUUUUGGUCUCCGGAGUAAAAAGGUAAUGGCGUAGGCAGUGACAUCACUAAGGCGGGACUUCGGUUUAAUAAAACAACUUGUGACCUUUAGUAUGAGGCAGAACUUACUCAGAAACAUGCGUGCUAUGUUCCCGUUUGUCAACUUCUGUCUGCAAUUCCAUUAAUAAAGGUUUUUGAAUGAUUUAA